AUGCUGGACGCUCAAGGAUACCUCAAACUCAUCGACUUCGGCAUCGCGAAGAAGCUAGAGGAGGGAAAGAGCCGAACUUUCACUAUGAUCGGGACUCCUCAUUACAUGGCCCCCGAGAUUAUGCGAGGACACGGCUAUGGCACUGAGGUAGACCUUUGGUCACUUGGUGUUAUCCUUUUCGAGUUCGUUUGCGGCUACCUGCCGUUUGCUGACGAGCUCGACGACCCCACAGAGGUCUGCACUGCCGUGCUGAAGGAUCCUCUCGACUUCCCUGGUCGCUUCAAGGAUGCGCAGUGCAAGACGGUGAUACAGGGCAUGCUCAACCGGCAGCCGAAGAAGCGGCUGGGAGCAGGCGAGGAAGGGCCUUUGAAGUCCUCGACUCCUGCAUAUAUGCACAUGUGA